CCCGGCCCCGGCCCCGCGCCAGGCCACGAUGCUCGUCAGGAAAGUGCCUGUCUUCGUCCCGGCCUCCCCGUGGGGGCUGCGGCUGCCGCAGAAGUUCGUCUUCCUUCUCUUCCUCUCGGGCCUCGUCACCCUGUGCUUCGGGGCCCUCUUCCUGCUGCCCAACUCCUCCCGCCUCAAGCGCCUCUUCCUGGCCCCCCGGACCCAGCAGCCCGGCCUGGAGGUGGUGGCCGAAGUCGCCGGCCACCCGCGGGCGCGCGAGCCGGAGUCGCCUCCCAACCCGGCCCCCGCCGCGCCCGCCCCGGGCGACGCCGACGCCAGCAGCCAGGCCAGUCCCCGCCGCCGGAAAGCGUGGCCGCGGCGCACCCACCCCACCGGGGCUCGGGAGGAGGCCACGGCGGCCCGGAGCGGCGGCAGCGCGGCCCUCGGGCCCCAGGAGGGGGGCGUCCCGUUUAGCUUUGACUUCAGCGCGUUCCGGAGCCGCCUGCGCCACCCGGUCCUGGGGACGAGGGUGGACGAGAGCAAGGAGCCCCAGAGCCUGGUUCGGGCCCGGCGGGAGAAAAUCAAGGAGAUGAUGCAGUUCGCCUGGCAGAGCUACAAGCUUUACGCAAUGGGGAAAAAUGAGCUCCGGCCACUCACAAGAGACGGCUACGAGGGCAACAUGUUUGGAGGCCUCAGUGGGGCAACCAUCAUUGACUCCCUUGACACCCUCUACCUCAUGGAGCUGCAGGAGGAGUUCCAGGAGGCCAAGGCCUGGGUUGAAGAGAACUUCCACCUGAAUGUGAGUGGAGAAGCAUCCUUGUUUGAGGUGAACAUCCGGUACAUCGGAGGACUCCUCUCAGCCUUCUACCUGACUGGAGAAGAGGUGUUCCGAGUAAAGGCCAUCAAGCUGGGAGAGAAACUCCUACCAGCCUUCAACACCCCCACGGGAAUCCCAAAAGGUGUUGUAAACUUCAAAAGUGGCUCCAACAGGAGCUGGGGCUGGGCCAUGGCAGGGAGCAGCAGCAUCCUGGCUGAGUUUGGAUCCCUGCACUUGGAGUUCUUACACCUCACCGAGCUCUCUGGCAACCAGGUCUUCGCAGAAAAGGUCAGGAACAUCCGAAAGGUCCUCAGGAAGAUCAACAAGCCCUUCGGCCUCUACCCCAACUUCCUCAGCCCAGUGAGCGGGAACUGGAUGCAACACCACGUCUCAGUUGGAGGACUUGGGGACAGUUUUUAUGAAUAUUUGAUCAAAUCCUGGUUGAUGUCAGCCAAGACAGAUGUGGAAGCUAAAGAGAUGUACUACGAAGCCUUGGAGGCAAUAGAGACCUACUUGCUGAAUGUCUCUCCUGGGGGGCUGACCUACAUUGCUGAGUGGCGAGGGGGGAUUCUGGACCACAAGAUGGGGCACCUGGCCUGUUUCUCUGGGGGCAUGAUCGCCCUCGGCGCUGAGGAUGCCAAGGAAGAAAAGAGGGCCCACUACCGAGAGCUCGCAGCCCAGAUCACCAAGACGUGCCACGAGUCGUACGCCCGCUCAGAUACCAAACUGGGGCCCGAGGCCUUCUGGUUUAACUCCGGCAGAGAGGCAGUGGCCACACAGCUGAGCGAGAGCUACUAUAUCCUGCGGCCCGAGGUGGUGGAGAGCUACAUGUACCUGUGGCGACAGACCCACAACCCCAUCUACAGGGAGUGGGGCUGGGAAGUGGUGAUGGCCUUGGAGAAAUACUGUCGAACGGAAGCUGGUUUCUCUGGAAUCCAAGACGUGUACAGUAGCAUCCCCAACCACGACAACAAGCAGCAGACUUUCUUUCUCGCGGAGACACUAAAGUCAAGGCUUGGAAGAGGCGCAGGGAGGGCCAGCAACUUGCCUGUGGUCACGCAGCCAGCAGACACAGAGGUGAGCCCAGCCCCCACAGUUUGCUCACUCCCCCAGUCGUGUGUCCAUCUGUUCACAUUCAGCAGAUAGUGGUGAGUGCCCAGGACCAGACACUGGGUGAGAUGCCAGGGACGCAGCUGUGAGUGAAACAGUCAUAAGCCCUGCCCUCAGGGAGCGUAGAGUCAAGUGGGGGAAAGACCAUAAAGUAAACUGACAGAUAAGUUACAUGACUGCCAGUUGUACGAAAUGCUACAAAGAAGAUGUGAGGCCGAGACACUGUUGGCCAGGACCCACCUUAGGGCAUCGAAGAGAGCCUCUCUGAGCAGCUGACUUUCAAGCUGAGGCCUAGAAGAUAAGAAGGAGCAGCGGGAGGUGUAUCCCACAAACCUUCUCUCCCCAGUGACAUCAUCUGCUCCCCCCACCUACCCUGAGGCCCAAAACCUUGAAGCCAUUAUGCAGAGCAGGGUGUCCAGGCAAGAGCGAAGGGAGAGCGUUUCUUCCCCUUUGCAACUCGUCCAUACAGCUGACCACACAGGAUCAUUCUGAGCCCUCCCUCGUGCUCAGUUGCCUCAAUUUGGCUGUUAGAAACUUGAGUAGCCCCUGGGGUAUUGGAGCCCUAGGCCAAGUGACCUGGCUUUCAGGCCCCUCAGUGGGACCCUGGAUAGGUCACCUCACCUCUCAGGUCACUCUUCCAUCACAGAGGCAGGAACCUCCACCUCUCAGGGUUGCUGUAAAAAUAAGUAGGAUCCACUCAUGCCCUGGCAGUGUGGGAAGUACUUCUUCCUCGUUCUGGAGAGGCAGAAGCUUCUAGCAUCUUCUUAAGCAGUAGUCAGGGCUAUGGAUGAGCUGUCCCCAAGGCAGGAACCCUGGUGUUUGGUGAAUAAGUCCCGGUCUGAACCCAGGAAAUCACUUUUGUCUGGCAUCAGGAUAGUGUAGUUCUGGAGACCCGCCUGUGCCCCUUUUUUAAAAAACCAAAACGGAAAAACCCACUGUACGAGCAUUGUGGAGAGGUUAGAGAUCUUCAUGCUAAGCAGAAAGAAAAACCAUCCACCAUCCUACCCUCCAGAAUGAAUACGGUUAUAUUUUCUUCUAGAUCUUUUUCUAUGAAUGUACAGAAUAUAUUUUGCAAACAUGGUAUCAUUCUAUGCUUACUGUUUUACUAUAAUCUGCUUUUGCUCUUAACCAUAUAUUGUGAAGAUCUUUCCAUGUCAACAAAUACAAGUUUAUCACUGUACCUGGCUGUGGAGUA